AUGACACAACCGCAUAAGACCAUUGCCGUCGUCAACGCGACAGGGCGGCAAGCGGCGUCUUUAAUCCGAGUCGCGUCAGCUGUCGGAUACAGUGUGCGCGCCCAGAUCCAUUCCCUCAAGGGCCUUAUCGCAGAUGAGCUUCAGAGCUUGCCCAAUGUGACCCUCCUGCAGGGCCCAUUGCUCGGCAAUGUCCAGCUGAUGGAUACCCUCUUCCAAGGCGCAUCCCUAGCAUUCAUCAAUACCACCUCUCAAUCUGGCGACGAGGUGGCCAUCGGCCGCGCCCUCGCGGAUGCUGCUAAACGCGCCGGUUCCAUCACACACUACAUCUACAGCAGCAUGCCGGACCACUCCGUUCACGGACCUUGGCCCGCAGUUCCACAAUGGGCCCCCAAGUUCACCGUCGAGAACUACGUGCGCCAGCUAGGUCUUCCGGCAACUUUUGUCUACGCCGGUAUCUACAACAACAACUUCACCAGUCUUCCAUAUCCGCUCUUCCAAAUGGAGGUCCUCGAAGACGGCUCCUUUGAGUGGCACGCUCCGUUUGAUUCCGAAACCCCUCUGCCCUGGUUAGACGCCGAGCACGACGUAGGGCCCGCACUUCUCCAGAUCUUCAAAGAUGGACCAAAGAAGUGGCACGGGCACCGGAUCGCGCUCACUUUUGAAACUCUCUCCCCCAAUCAAGUGUGCGCCGCGUUCGAGCGAGCACUUGGCCGGCCAUGUCGCUACGUGCGUGUGCCUAAGAUCGAAAUCAAAGUCAACGUGCCUGCCGGAUACCGGGAACAGCUCGAAGCCUUAGAGGUCCUGUUCGGCGACUUCAAUGCUCCUUACUUCCCGCAGCCUGAGUUCUCACAACCAGCCGCAGGUUCACCCAAGGGUAUAGGCCCAGCAGGUGGAAAGGGUGCUGGUGCUGGCAUGAUGCAGGGACCUGGUGGAGUGGUUUCACAACGCGUAACCGAUGAGGCCCGGCAUCUAUGGCAGGGCUGGCGCGACAUGGAGGAGUAUGCGCGUGAGGUAUUCCCGGUAGAAGAGGAAGCCAAUGGACUGGAUUGGAUGCUUUGA